UCUCGCUCCAGCGUGGACACAGCCAGAGGAGGAGGAAAUGGAGUCAGAAGAGCUGCACAGAAGACAUCGCACUAAUGGAAGAAUAAAAUAAGGAAGAUCCAGAGAUGACUGACCCCUGUUGAUUUACGGAAGAUGAACUCAAGGCCACACUGCUCAAAUAUGGAGUCAAAGCUGGAGCCAUUGUAGACACAGAUGUGGAUUCUGUAUGAUAAAAUGGAUGACAAAACGGUGUCCUCAAACAAGGAUGUGUUUACCUCUGAUUCUGUUGGUCUUCCUUGUUCUGAAGAGAAGGAAUAUCAGCAUGGUAAUGAACAGCGGGGUUGGAGAGCUCCGGGGCGCUAUGAACUCAAUCCCAAGAGGAAUGCAGGGAAUCAUGGGAAUGUGGCUGAGUCUUCCACAACAGCAGAGGGGGGGCACCCGGGGCAUUUGCCCCCAUCGCCUGUUACACCUGGGCAUGGAGCUGGGCUGAGCAGAACAUCCUCUCUGCUAGGACAUACCACAGGAUCAGUGGUGCAGCCUCCGUCUGUAUCUCUGGGAGGCGGUCGUGAUGAUUCCUCCUAUUCCUCUUCUCAGAGCUUCAGCAUUACUGAGAUGAUUGAGAGUCAAAGCCCUCUCUCCAGUAGUAGAACACAGAAGGACAAUGGGAGUAAUAUUCUGGGACCUUGGCCAAGGCCUCACCGGGAGCCGGUCACAGAUGUCCUGAUGGAGAUGUUCCUAGAGACAGAACCUAUACGCACUGGCAUUGUUGCCACCCGUCGGAGGCCUAUCAAGGGUGCAGCAGUGCGACCAGUCCAGUUUAAAUACCCAGACCUGCCUGCCAGUCCCAUGACCCUACAGAGACAGGCAUUGGAGCGCCGCCUGGUGCCUCUGUGGGCCCAGAUCCUGGUCUUCCUCAUCUUGACUUGCCUUCUCUACCUCAUCUACUCUGCCAUGGAGCACAGCUCGGACCAUCCCUUUGUGGCCUUCCUGGACAACCUCAGUAUGGGGACGGAGACUGAGGGACUGUCGCUCCAGGAUGACCCUUAGGACUCAUCUGUACACCCGCUCUAGGGAGGAGUAACUCCGCUGCUCUAGGUCUGUGUACUGAUUCUCCACCCUUCUCUUAAAGGGAGACAUCCUUUUAUGCAUGGAUUUAAUAAUGGAUAAAACUUAAUCCAGCCAAUGCUUAUACCAAUCCUAAACUUUCAAAUCCAUGAUGAGAAGUAGUGCACACUUCGGGAAAAGGAAGGAUACUCCACAAAUUGGUUUACAGUUGUUGUGAGGAACUUCAUUUGGUCACUGUAAUUCGCCUUUACACUUUGGAUGAUGUCACUCUUAACCAAGCAAGGUAGCCAUUAUAACCUUGUUGGUUGGAAAAUGUUCAGGUGAAACUACUGUUCAAAUAUAUACAGUGAUUAGGCCUAAUUUAGAGAAAUAAUACCAUUUUGAGAUUUGUAACUUAAAUGGAAGAUUUUUUGUAUUUAAUUAAAAGUAUGUAUCAAUGAGAAAUUAAUGGAGUUACGGCUACAAUUUACACAUAGGUUCGGUUGGGGUUAUCAAAGUCCAGUCUGUGUUAGAGCUCAUCAAAGAUGUGGUCAGGGACAGUAUUCUCUUGUUUUAAAGGUUUGUAAAUGUAUUUUUUAUUCAGUACAGUUUUUAGGCACUGAAAUGUCAAACUAAAAAGCAAUAUUAAAAAAUAUAUUUUGUGAAUACUCAUUACCUUUUCGAACUUAUCAGUAAUUUUUCAGUUUCUAUUUUGGGUGUGAAAUAGCUACUUUUAACAAAAAAUGUCAGGGAAUUCAGUGUUUUUUUCAAGAGUUGCUUUUGUGUUGUCUGAGUUAUUUUGAAUAAAGAGAUGAUUUGUUUCAUUUGGACAUCUUCCCAAAUGAA